CUGGGAGGUCCAUUGAACGGAAUAACAUUGCGAUGGUCUCCUCCACCUCACCACGAGGCAUCGCCCUGCAGCGCGCCCAGGCGGACCCAAUGCGCGACCGUAUCACAAGAGUCUGGGAAGACUACCGGGAUCUCACCAACUACUUCUCUAUAGAGAUAUCGCCACAGAGAAUGUCUAAGCUGAGACAGUUCUUGGAAUCCGAGCUCCUAUCUCUCCGUCGCCAGCCAUUCGAGCUUUACGACCAACAAGACAGGGUCGACUAUCUGCUACUGCAGAAUUACCUCCAGAGACAGCUCCGCAGCAUCGAACUAAAUGCCAAACUAGACAAAAAUGCAAGUUCGCUCUUCCCAUUCAGCGAGAGCAUUGUGGAUCUGUGUGAGGCACGAGCAGCAGUGGUUCCUCUGCAGCCGAAGCAUGCCGCAGGGCAACUGUUUGAAACGCGAAAACACAUACUGGAUGUGACGGCCGGUGUAGAAAACGGCGACUACGCCUCUGUGAUGAAAUCUAGCGCUUUGCGUGGGGCGAGAAUAAUUGAUUCUCUGCGUCAUCAUCUCGAAGAGUGGUAUGGUUUCUAUAAAGGGUAUGAUCCCAUGUUCGAUUGGUGGGUGGCUCAGCCUUAUGAAGAGGUAGACGAGUCCUUGAAAAAGCUUCAGGAGGCUAUUCGAGAUAGGCUUGUUGGUAUCAAAACAGGUGAUGAAGACGCCAUCGUGGGAGAGCCAAUUGGCCGGGAAGGUCUCCUCGCAGAGCUGGAAGCCGAGGUGAUCCCGUACACCCCGGAAGAAAUCAUCAAAAUCGGGGAGAGAGAGUUCGCUUGGUGCGUCGACGAAUUGAAGAAAGCCUCCCAUGCAAUGGGAUACGCCGACGAUUGGCAAAGGGCUCUCGAAAAGGUCAAAAACGACUACGUCGAGCCUGGACAACAGACCCAACUCGUCCGAACGCUAGCACAGGAAGCUAUCGCGUUCGUGGAGGACCACAACCUCGUCACCGUGCCAGCCAUCGCCAAAGACACCUGGCAGACGUUCAUGAUGUCGCCCGAGCGCCAGAAAAUGAAUCCGUUUUUCCUAGGCGGCGAGUCGAUCAUCGUGUCCUACCCAACCGAUACAAUGGACCACGGAGCCAAGAUGAUGAGCAUGCGCGGCAACAACAUCCACUUCUCCCGCGCGACUGUCUUCCACGAGCUCAUCCCGGGUCAUCAUCUCCAGUUUCACGUCAACGCACGCCACCGACCCUACCGGCUUUUAUUUGACACGCCGUUCUGGGUCGAAGGGUGGUCCCUGUACUGGGAAAUGAUACUGUGGGACGACUCGCGAUUCAAUAAGACCCCGGAGAACCGCAUGGGGAUGCUGUUCUGGCGACUCCACCGAUGUGCCAGGAUUAUCUUCUCGAUCAAUUUCCACCUGGGCAAGAUGACACCAGAGGAGUGCGUGGAAUUGCUGGUGCAGCAGGUCGGACAUGAGCGUGCUACUGCGGAGGGGGAGGUCCGGAGGUCGCUAUCAGGCGACUAUUCACCGCUGUACCAAGCUGGGUAUAUGCUGGGAGCGUUGCAGAUCUACGCCCUGCGCAAGGAGUUAAUUGAGACGCAUCGCGUGGAUGAGCUUGCGUUUCAUGAUCGGUUUUUGAGGGAGAAUAGGAUGCCGAUUGAGCUGUUUCGCGCAUUGAUGCUGAAUUUGCCGCUGUCGCAGGAUUAUCGGCCGUGGUGGCGGUUUUACGGUGGUCUUUAGUAUAUGUUAUCUGCUGUGCUCAAGUUUCCACGCUUUUUUUGAUAGCGGUGGCUGUUCCUCGCGUGAACGUCUUAUUCUAGACAAUGGAACAAGGCCGUUUACUAUGCUGCCAUGCUC